AUGGAAGAAAGUCCUUCAAAUGAACGAGCUGUUGAAAAUCCACGAAAAACGGAAGAUGUCAUAGAUUGUAUCCUCCUUUUGCUGGUUUGUGGAUUUCAAAGACGCGUGAAUCGCUUACUACACAGAACGGUCGCGGCGACCUUAUAAGAUUUUUAUCCUUGAUAAUGAUUCAAGCGCGGCAUACGGUAGCUUCUCGAUUAGAGCGCAGAGGCGGGAUCAAAAGGAAGUUAGAGAAAACUCAUUGGUUGGUUGGCCGCGCCUCCAUGCGGCUUUGCUGCCUCCCUCCCCCCUUGGGCCAACGCCGUUUCGUGUCUGAAGCCUGGUGAAAGCUGCCAGGAACAAAAAUACGCGACAAUGUCUGGCUUUCCGCCGAUGUAACGUGUGUUCUUCGUUCAGUCGAGUCACGUGUUCUUUUUCGAACAUUUCGAGCCAGCCUCAAACUCGCUGCGCUCUAUCUUCAACAAAAGAUCAAAAGCUACUUAGUGUUUUAAUAUUUAUUGUCAGAAAAAAAAUCAAUGAAGAAUUUUUAUUUGCUUUCAGGCAUUGGUUGCUAUAGUGUUUGCACUUAUCGGUAUUUAUGUGAAUUUGCGCCAUUCUCGAGAUGAUUUCAUAUCAAAGUGUAUCGAUUCACGAUACCACCAAAUCGCGGAUCAAUGCAAGAAUGUUUCCAACUCUAGGCCUCGGUGUGACUUGACCGGUUAGAUUUUUUUUUAAUCCGUCGAUUUUUCGCAUUGCAGCUGAAGAAGACGUGCAGCUGCUGAAGGAGCUCCAAGAAUGCUGUCGGAGCAUUAAAAUUUGUCCGCCCCGAAGCUUCGAAAAGUACUGUUGCGAGAAGGAGCCUUGUUCUCUUGAAUGCAAAGAUCCCGUGGGUUACUUCACGAAAACUAGUUUGGAAGCAACUCUUUUGAAAGAGUAACCUGUAUAUUCCUUUCAUUCCAGAUGCCUGCAAAUGGGAAAAGUGUAGUAGUGCCGGCGAUCCGAAAAUUGGUCCUUGGUACAUAUGAAUCGACUGGAAAAAGAGUCUUCCGCGCGGAACUAAUGAGAAAAGUGCAGAAGAGACUGAUAUACAAGCUCGAUAGAGCGAUCAACAGCAAAAGAAUCGAUGAAGUGCUGAAGAUCAUGGCGCAUUCCGUUUUAAUCGUCUACAACGGUCAAGUUGUUGAAAAACCCAAGUUAGUUGUGAUACUUUAAGUUGAUUUUGUUUUUCACAAUUAAUCCAGUCAAAAUAAGCUACAAGAGAAUCUCCAUUCAAUUGAAAAUUUUCUUGCAGAUAGACAACUCAUACUUUCAGCAAAUAAAAGUCUCCAUGUUAGUUGUGGGAAACGAGUUCGAAGUGUCGCGAAUUACGAGCUUAACCGUAUAACAGUAAACAACGAAGAUUGAAACCUUCACUGGUUUUCUUCAAUUUCUUAUCACAUCGCAUUACUAAUGUUUGCAAUGACAUUGAACACGAAUUAUUCGCAGAGGAAUACAAGAAAAAAGUUAAGGACAUGUUUUUAGUGUAUGCAGAAAAUGUUUGGCGUUAAGCUUAUUCUUUCAAGUGUGCACAGAUUCGUGCCAUAACCAACUUGGUUUAAAUAUCUACUUAUUAUGGUUCUAUGUUUCUUUUCUUACACAAAAAAUAUUUUUUUCUUUACAAGUGAGGUUAGUUAAUCCACCUAGUGGUCUCUUUCCCUCCCUGAAACAUCACCAUACCAUCUCGAUGUUGCGAAAAUAAAUUUAUUGAUUGAUUGAUUUAUAAGGUAAAUGAAUGAGCUUUGUCUCUACAUCCGUGAAGCGCAACAUUUUUUCCCAUACGUUCAUGGAGUUUUUCAGAAAAGAUGUCCGAAUUCAUGGAUUCGAGACUGUUGGAAGAGCGGAAAAUUUACGUUAGUUUUUUUAUCAAAAAUUUCACGAAAAAUGGUCUUUUCAGUUUUUGGUUCAUGCUGUAUACAAACCGGGUUACGGGAGCGCAGUCUUCUUUUUCAAAGGAUUUAUGUGUUCUCAGCUUGAUUAUUGCUCUGAGUUCAGUUUGACCUACAAAUGGGUACAGUCAUCAGGAAAACAAACUCAAAAGUACUCUAUGUAACUUGCAGAAUCCGAAGAAGAAAAACUUCUUCAUUAUCGAAUUCAAAAACAACGAAACUACCGUGCAGCCUGAUAUCCACGAUUACCCAUACACCAAUAAAUUGAUUAGGUGAGAUUUGAUACAUUGAAGGCUUUCAAAAACUCUUUCAGAACUAAAUAA